AUUGCAAAGAGGAGAUAGUCUGGCAGGACGGAAGGGGAGGCAGUGGGAAGCUGAACACCAUUUCGAGAAGCUUUGUUUUGGUAAAGCACAGAAAAGCCGAAGUAAAGCUUUUUUAGGCGCGGAGGGCUAGGCUGGGAACAGCCUCAACUAAACCUCCUAAGUUAUUUUAACACCCGGACUACUUCUUCAACCACUCGCUCUUCUGUUUUCUCCGCGACACGCCACUCCGCCCCCCGCCCCGCGCUGUUGUGUCCGCUCAGAUCACACCACGUGGUGAAUACUGGGAAAUGUAGUUGAAGACCCAGCAGUUUUUCCUAUUGGGCCCCCGCCCGGAAACUCCGUUUCCCGGCAUCCGGUGAAAAAGAACUGAGGCACGUGGGGGAGGACUUGAAGAUACAGCCCACCUAUGCGCACGUUCUACUGGGAUUUGCAGUUCCUUGGACCUAACAUCUGCUCACAAGAGUAGAGCACAUUGGACUACAAUUCCCAGGAAAGACUGCGCCUCACCCUUAGAUGACGUCAUCGCGGCAGCGCUAAGGCCUCUGGGAACUGAGGUAGUUCGCGUGCAGGGCCCUAGCCUUAGCCUGCCGCGCCGGGAAGACGACAUUUCCCAGGUGGCUGUGCGGAGGCGCGCCGGAAGCAGGCGGGUGCUGUGAUUGGCUGGUGAGCCGGCCGCACGCGGAGUAGCCGAAGCUGCUCUGUUGCGACAGAGGCCGAGCGGCGAGGCCCGGUUAAGCUGAAAGCACUGUAACACCUGUGGCUCAUCACCAUGCCCUCUGAUCUGGCCAAGAAGAAGGCAGCCAAGAAGAAGGAAGCUGCCAAAGCCAGGCAGCGGCCCAGAAAGGGGCAUGAAGAAAAUGGAGAUGCUGUCACCGAGCCACAGGUGGUAGAGGAGAAAAAUGAGGAAGCCAAUGGCAAAGAAACCUUAGAAGUGGAUUUGCUGACCAAGGAGCUGGAAGACUUUGAGAUGAAGAAAGCUGCUGCCCGAGCUGUCACUGGUGUCUUGGCCUCUCACCCCAACAGCACUGACGUCCACAUCAUUAACCUCUCCCUCACUUUCCACGGUCAGGAGUUACUCAGUGACACAAAGCUGGAGCUGAACUCAGGGCGUCGCUAUGGCCUCAUUGGGCUGAAUGGAAUUGGAAAAUCUAUGCUGCUGUCUGCUAUUGGGAAGCGGGAAGUGCCCAUUCCAGAGCACAUUGAUAUCUACCACCUGACAAGGGAGAUGCCCCCAAGUGACAAGACACCCCUGCAGUGUGUGAUGGAGGUGGAUACAGAGCGGGCCAUGCUGGAGAGAGAAGCUGAGCGUCUUGCCCAUGAGGAUGCGGAAUGUGAGAAGCUGAUGGAGUUAUAUGAACGGUUAGAGGAGUUGGAUGCUGACAAGGCAGAGAUGAGGGCCUCUCGAAUUCUACAUGGUUUGGGCUUCACACCUGCCAUGCAACAAAAGAAACUCAAGGACUUCAGUGGUGGCUGGAGGAUGAGAGUUGCUCUUGCCAGAGCCCUGUUUAUCCGGCCCUUCAUGCUGCUAUUAGAUGAGCCCACCAACCACCUGGACCUGGAUGCCUGUGUUUGGUUAGAAGAAGAACUCAAGACCUUCAAGCGAAUUCUGGUCCUCGUCUCCCAUUCCCAGGACUUCCUGAAUGGUGUUUGUACUAAUAUCAUCCACAUGCAUAAUCGGAAGCUCAAGUAUUACACAGGGAAUUAUGACCAGUAUGUGAAGACACGUUUGGAACUGGAAGAAAAUCAGAUGAAGCGUUUCCACUGGGAACAGGAUCAGAUUGCUCACAUGAAGAACUACAUUGCUCGAUUUGGCCAUGGCAGUGCCAAGUUGGCCCGGCAGGCCCAGAGCAAAGAGAAGACACUGCAGAAGAUGAUGGCAUCAGGGCUGACAGAGAGGGUCAUUAGCGAUAAGACACUUUCAUUUUAUUUCCCGCCGUGUGGGAAGAUUCCUCCACCUGUUAUCAUGGUGCAGAAUGUGAGCUUCAAGUACACAGAUGAUGGGCCCUGCAUCUAUAACAACCUGGAGUUUGGAAUUGACUUGGAUACACGUGUGGCUCUGGUGGGGCCCAAUGGAGCUGGAAAGUCAACCCUGCUGAAGCUGCUAACAGGAGAGCUGCUGCCCACAGAUGGGAUGAUUCGAAAACACUCUCAUGUCAAGAUUGGCCGCUAUCAUCAGCAUUUACAAGAGCAACUGGACUUGGAUCUGUCCCCCUUAGAAUAUAUGCUGAAGUGCUACCCGGAGAUCAAAGAGAAAGAAGAAAUGAGGAAGAUCAUUGGUCGCUAUGGCCUAACUGGGAAGCAGCAGGUGAGCCCAAUCCGGAACCUUUCAGAUGGGCAGAAGUGUCGAGUGUGCUUGGCUUGGCUGGCUUGGCAGAACCCCCACAUGCUCUUCCUGGACGAGCCUACCAACCAUUUAGACAUUGAGACAAUAGAUGCUUUGGCCGAUGCCAUCAACGAAUUUGAGGGUGGCAUGAUGCUAGUCAGCCACGACUUCCGGCUCAUCCAACAGGUUGCGCAGGAGAUCUGGGUGUGUGAGAAGCAGACAAUCACCAAGUGGUCUGGUGACAUCCUAGCCUACAAGGAACACCUCAAGUCCAAGCUGGUGGAUGAGGAGCCCCAGCUCACCAAGAGGACCCACAAUGUGUGAGCUAGCCACCACAGGUUUGGGGCAGGACCUCGGUCUGGGGACUAAAACAUCUGCCACCCUGACCAGCCACCCAGGACUGGAGCCCAGGGCUAUGCUCUUAUAUCACUGCAAUAUUCCUCAUCCCUUGCCAUCUCUUCCCUUUCCUCUCCCAUUAACUCCCUGUUCCUGCCUUAGCAGCACUCCGACCUCUGCAGACAACACCUGUCUGUUUCCCACCCUCUCUCUGCUUACCUUUAUCCACAUCUGGACCACAGUUGGCUGCCCUCCCCUACUCCCAUAUUGUUGACCUUAUCCACACCCGGAUGUUGAUGCCCAGGGCCACCUGGGGGCAGCCCUGGGGCCCCGACCCUUAGAGUUGGGCCACAAUGAAGGAAGCUUAGGUUCAGGGAGGUAUGAGGAAGGUUCCAACCCCUCCUCUCCUCCCCUCCCGCUUCCACUUCUCUUCUCCCCUUCUGCUUCUGAUUCAGAGCUAGGGGCUGGGGCCCUGGUUCUGGUCCUGGUUGGUUUUUAAAGAAUUAUUUAACAGUGUAACUACCAGAUCUGCCUGACACCCCUACAAAGCGUCCAAUAAAGAAAAAGGAAAAAAAAAGCCACAGCCACACUUUGCUUCCUUGGCCUGGGUACUGUUCCCUUCUCCAGCCCAGCUCCCAACAAUGAGACCUCACCGACUUCACCCACCCACCCCCCCUGCCCACUGUAGGAGUGGGGCCCUGAGUGGGAUCUGAUCUGGGCUGGGAGAGAGGACACUGAAGACUAAGCCCUGAGGGAGGCUGGACUGAGAGUGGGCUGAGCAUUAGUGAAGAGAAUAAUGGAGGUGCCCAGGCCUUUUCUCUGCACCUGUGAGUGUUAGGAUACAGUGCUGUAAAGCGAAUCCUGGAUCAGAGAGCAGCUUUUCCCUUUUGAUUCUUUUGAACAACCCUAGGCCUAUGCAAAGACUGUUCUGUUUGUUUAGACUCUGUUUUUACUUCUGUUAUUUAAACCAUCUGGCCCACUAGUAGCAGUCUGAUUCAGUAUUCCUGACCUCCAGGGGCUGCUGUGAACCAACACUCCCACCCUCUUCCUCACCCUCUUCAGAAACCAUCAUCUAACUAUGUUAGCAAGGAGGCAGGCAGCACCGGCUCCCUCCUGUUCUCAAGCCACAGAGCUGAGCCCAGGCCUUGUGGGAGGGGUGUACAAAAGAAGGUGAUGCCCAAGUCCUGCCCUCCAAGACUUACUCUUAGUUGGAGAGAUGGUUUUCAAACCAAAGGUUUUGGGGACAAUACUAGACAAUGCACUGAUGUGGCCUGAGGCUUCUGAAAAGGGAAAAAGACCGUGUGGGCUGGAGUCAGGAUGUUUCAGGGAGAAGGUGGAAUUUAAGCUAAGCCUUUAGGGAUGCAUGGGGUUUGGAGAGACAGUAGAGGAGCAGGAUGUUUCCAGUGGAGGGGGAAACAGGGACAAGUGAAGAAGUUAGACACUAAAGAUAGUUUUUAAUGAAUAAUGAGGUGGACCACGGUGGCUGAAAAGCCUUGGUGCAGGCUGAAUGACUGUCUCCUCUGCUUCUGGAUAGGCUCAGAAGGAAGGGACUUUUCCCUGGGACUUAAGGAACUAUCCUCUCAAAACUGGCAGUGAGUGCUAAGAGUCAGGACUCCUAAUUUGAGGGAGCCUUGGAGGUCACCUAGUGCAGUCCUCUAAUUUUAUAGAAAAUGGGUCCAGGUCCCAAGAUCACACAGAUGAUAAGGAACGGAGCUGGAACUGAGACCCUGGUCCUCUGGACUUCACACCCAGUACUCUUUUCGCUAGCUUUCCUGGGACCCUCGAGAUCUUGGCUUCUACAGAGGGAGAUUUGAAGUCUGAGAGCUUUCCCAAAAAAUAACUUUCAGUGAUAACCUGAAAUUCUGUUAUUUACAGUUGAUUACUUUGGGAUAAGCAUUGUCCUCUUCCUGUUAAAUCCUUGCACAUUAAGCCCGAAUGGCCUAACCUAUUGGCAUAAGUGGUACGUUUCCAGAACCUGGUAAUGAGAUCCCCCCACCUUCAAGAAAUUUAUACUCUCUCUAAGGCUAAACAAAAAUUUGGGAGAGCUACAUGCUCGACCCCUGGGGCCAAGCCGAAAUUAUAAAAUCAGUCAAGUUUUUGUCUUUGUGUUUUCCCCUUUUUUAUUUUGUCCUCCAUUCCUUCUUUCCAUCCCUCUUCCCCAAGGCUCCACCCCCUAGGGCUUCAAGCUUUCAUGCUCUCUCAAGUCUCCAAAUCAGUAAGUAAAAGGAACUGAUGAUGCAUUGAUGCCAAGAUUUCAUAGCUGAGAUGGUACCACUGUAUCGGGCUGCCUCUCGAAGUAGGUGGGACACGAGGAAUGUAUAAUGUGAAAUAGAGGAUAUAUGCAUUGGAGAUGGGGAGAGAAACCCCAGUACAUCCUCCUCCUGUUUCCCCUGCUUCUGUACCUGCUCAAGUCCUAGCCAUCUGUCUGGUACUGCUGCUCCUUCAGAGCCUUCCCCAGCUCCUCCAGGCCAGAAGAGUGAGCCCUCUUUCCUGGCCUUCCAGCCUUUCUUUGCAUUCUAAGCUAUUGAGUGCUCGGCUGCUCUCCAGUUGUUCCAGGUGCCUUAGUUUUGCCUCCCUAGGUAGAUUGUAAGCUUGAAAGUAGAGACAAUAGCUUUUGCUUCUUUAUCCCUGAAUAGCACAGUGCUUGGCACAUAGUAGGUAUUCAAUAAAUACUCGAUGUACCGUUGAUGACAUUAGCUGCUUUAUGGUCUUGAGGCAUUUGAUAAAUUCGCUCCCAAGAGCCCUUUGUGAAAGGGGAGAAAAUGCCUGGCAAGCAGGAGAUUGUUGUACCCUCCCUUAGCAAGAUUUGGAAAGUGUUCCUCCUGAUUGUGCAAAGACACACAAAGAUGAAUUGGUCCAACCAUUCUGGAAAGCAAUUUGGAAUUAUAGGACAGUGACAAAUAUUGUCCCCCUAUUAGGCAUAUACCCCAUGAAAGUCAAAAGAUAGAAUGGUUCCGUACACAUCAAAAUAGUCAUAGCAUUUUUUUGUGGUAGUAAAGAACUGGGAAGAAAGUAGACAACUAUUAAUUGGGAGUAACUAAAUAAAUUGUGGUACACUAAAGGAAUCUCAUAUAAGAAAUGGUAAAUAACGAAGAGUUCAGAGAAGCAUGGGAAGACAUGAACCGAUGCAGAUUGAAGGAAGUGUUAUCAGGAAGAUAAUAUACAAUGACUACAACAGUGUAAAUGGAAAAAAAACAAAAUUAAACAGCCAAACUGCCAUGUAAUUAUAAUGACAAAGUUUGGCACCAGAGAAAGAGGGAUACUUCUCUUUGCAGAAUUGGGGAGUGUGAGGGUGGAACACUGUACUCAUCAAAUUUGGUUGAUGUGUUGGUUGGUUUUGCUGUAUUUUUUUUUUAUUUUGUUACAAGGGUGGCUAGUUGGGUAA